AUGCUCCCCCUCCAAAAAAAGAGGAUAAAGCAAAUUUCUCAAAACCAACAGUAUAGUAAAAUUAUCACGCUUGGGUUACAAAAUGGAUCAAAUGUAAUUUAUUCUCCUACUCAUGGAGAUGCAAUAAAGACAUUGAAUAUGAAUAUCGUUGAAUGGGAUCUUGAGAAAGAAAAUGUAAUCAGUAAAUGGAAGCUCGAUGCUCAAACUUGUCGCAUGAUGGGAGUCCCGCAGCGGGACAUACAAUCAAAUUAUGGGAUCUACAACAAAAACAACCAAAAUUUUUAUUUAUGGAAUUUUAUUACAGCGUAUACUUUGGAUGAUAACGCGAGAAGUCUCUCAAUGUCAAAAGCAAACACAGCGUUGGUAUUUUCGGAAAUUGGUCUUUAA